AUGCGGGCGGUGCGAUUAAUUUUGAUUACUGCAAGCGCGGAUUAUAGUUAUUACUACGAUUACCAAGAAACCAGCCAAGAUGCCGUUGAUAUCCCAGGCGUUGCCGAUUACGAGAAAACCUUUACGAUACCAAGAAUUAACAACAAAGUUACUAUAACAGCGGAAAGAGGCGACAUCGUCGAAUUAAGUUGCAACCCGACCGAUUUGGGUGGAUGCGAAGAUAGAUUCUUGAAGAAGAAUGGAAAUCCCGCAGGAAUCCUCGAGGAUCGGAAUGUAAGGAUAAGAGUGGAAAACUCGGUCAAUUAUACUUGCGGUUGCAAGGGAAGCCACAGCUGUAAAUUCUUCGCCUAG